GAAGUAAUUCCGCCGACCAUGAGGUAUGAGGUGAGGUUUGACGUCCGACGAAGAGGUAAACACAAACAGAGUUAACUGCGCCUCACUAAACUGGGCGUACAUAUCAGCCAUGUUCGUCUCAUGCCCUCACUGUCCCUGAUGAGGGAACGCACAGGAGACUCUAGAACACUUCUUGCUGUACACUGGCUGGGGCAUCACCUGGGAACAGGCAUUUUACCUAACGGCAGUCCUCACCUGGGCUCUCCUUUUAAGAGGAUGGGAGAGCUUUCACCAAUCUGAAUGUAUCACAAGAUGUUUCAGGGCCGCCUUAAAGGGAGAAGGCAUGAUUAUGAACGUUGGUAUUACAAUGAGGCAAGUUAUGACUGGUGCUUUCAGCAGUCACCUUCUGUGAAGGAUAUGAGCAACAAUGGAGACUCACAUUACACAUCUGAAGUUGUUGAUGAUGAUAUUGAGUUAGAGGCAUGGGAAAUAUACACUUGAACACUGUUUCACCACCACUACCUUGUAGAAGCAUCCUGUAGAAUGUCAAGAGAUCAGUCAUCUAAAGCAGAUCCCUGGGGUCUCAGGCGCUCUCCCAGAAUACGAAUGCUACAGUUAAAUACACAAAAACAUGAUGCGAAUGUUGGAGGAAAUACAGCAAGAGGGCCUGUGGAGGAUACCAGAAAUGAUAGAAGGCAACGGAAUAGUGAUUUGCUUGAGUCAUUUGGGACUAGUACUCAAGAGGCAAUGGAUGCAAUGGAUCUUGAUGAUAGCAUAUUUCACAAGGUGUCAGUGUCUCAGUUAAGAACGGAAGAGCUUGGAAAUCAAAGGAAGCCAAAACAUGAUGAUGCUUCAAGUCAGCAGACAAAUUGUCAGAUUCCACACAGACUGCAGUGCCAGAAAUCAAGAAAUAGUAAAGAUGAGUGUGCUAAAGAAUCCCUUUGUUUAGUAAGAAGCAGAGAGGAUAUCAUGACAUACUCUUCAGGAAAUGGGAAUACACCUGAGCAAGAUAAUGGUUUGUGUGAGAAUAAAAGAGCAUUAGUCAAAGAGGAAAGAAAAACUGAAUGCAGCAUGAAAAUGUUGAAAGAUGAUUUAAUUCAUAGUAUGGAAUCACCAGUAAGUGCAAGCCAUAAACACCACAAAGAAACCUGUACCAAGAAAAACAACUUUAAAGAAACAAACAUUCAAAAUAAGCAAUGUCUGCAAGGUUUGGGAAAGCCACAUACUACUAGUAGAAAAUAUAACAAAGAAAAUAUACAUGAUUUUGAUAGUAAUCACAAAAGGAUCAUCCAUUCUAGAGGUACAGAGAAAGAUCAGCCAUUACUGAAACGCUUACAGGAAAAUCAAUCACCGUCAUCAUCACACAACCAACCGAAACCCACAAAGCAUCAUGCCUCCCCCAAGAGAUGCUCCAUGGAAAAUAUAUUACCAAUCCUCAAGUCUUCUGCCUUCUAUAGCCAGUCCCAUUCGCUUACCAAUAAUAGUGAAGCAUGUAAAAAUAUUGUCAAGGAACAGGAGUUGCAAAAAGAACCUGACAAUGCAGUCUCAGUGAAAGAGAUAUUACAUGAAAAACAAGAUUGUGUAAGAGAUCAUUCUACCAGCCCUGAUGAUUGUAAAAAGACAGUUGCAUCUCAUGACUCUAUGAACAAGAUAGACAUUACUGUUCUCAAGUCUCCUCUGAACUCUGAUGACUCACGAAGCUUCUUAUCAACUCAAGAAAAGAUGGAGCUUAGUGCUUGGGGCUUGCCGGAAUCUGUUUUAAAGUGCUAUCUUGAGAAUGGGGUGAAGAGAAUGUUUCCAUGGCAGGCAGAGUGUUUGAGUCUUCCAGGUGUGCUGGAAGGAAGAAACCUCAUCUAUUCAGCCCCAACCUCAGCAGGCAAGACCUUAGUUGCAGAACUGCUGCUGCUGAAGAGAAUUCUGGAGGGCGGCUGCAAAGGGAUUUAUAUUCUACCCUUUGUCUCUGUGGCUCGUGAGAAGAUGCUUUAUAUGCAGAAAAUGUUUGGGAGUGUAGGUGUGCGUGUUGAAGGGUUUAUGGGAUCCCAAGGUCCAUCUGGAGGACUUAAAGUGACUGACAUUGCUGUGUGUACUAUAGAGAAAGCCAAUAAUCUUAUCAACAGGUUACUGGAAAAUCACCGAGUGAAUGAACUGGGCAUAAUAGUGGUCGAUGAACUGCACAUGGUAGGUGACUCACAUCGGGGCUAUCUGCUGGAGCUGCUCCUUACCAAGCUCACUUAUGUUACUUCAUCAAUGUCGUCUGCAGAAUCUCCUCAUUCACUUGAAAACAAGGUGUGUGGAAAGCCUAUCCAAAUAGUUGGCAUGUCAGCCACUUUGCCUAACCUUGAGCUUCUGGCUGCCUGGCUCGAUGCAGCGCUCUACACCACAGACUUCCGGCCGGUGCCCCUUCAGGAAUGUGUCAAGCUGGGGACAUCUGUUUAUGAUUCUUCAUUCAAAAAGAUAAGGGAAUUGUGUCCAAAAAUGACUAUGAAGGGUGACCGUGACCACCUCAUGCAGUUGUGUCUGGAAACUGUACUAGAAGGAUUCUCUGUGCUGGUAUUCUGUCCCAGCAAGGCAUGGUGUGAGAAUCUGGCUGAAGCAGUGGCAAAGGAGUUCUAUGACAUAGGUAAGACUGACAGCUCUUAUCCCCCUGAACUGGGCCCCAGACUGCGCAGUGCUUUGGAUCCUGCUGGCAUCAGGAAUGUUCUGGAGGCAUUGCGCAAGUCUCCAGUGAGGCUAGAUAAAAUUCUAUCCCGAUCUGUGGCCUUUGGAGUAGCUUACCAUCAUGCUGGCCUCACUUUUGAUGAACGGGACAUCAUUGAGGGUGGCUUCCGCUCUGGAUCUCUGCGUGUGCUGCUGGCCACCUCCACACUCUCCUCCGGGGUCAACCUUCCAGCCCGGAGGGUUAUUAUCAGGUCACCAGUGUUUGGGGGCUCCAUUCUUGACGUCCUCACAUACAAGCAGAUGGUUGGACGUGCAGGGAGGAAGGGUGUGGACAUGAAGGGUGAAAGUAUUCUUAUCUGCCGUGAAGGAGAAAAGGAAAAGGCUAAGACAUUGAUGACAUCUUCCCUGCCUCCCAUCACUUCCUGCCUUCAGAAAGAUGCCUCUCUUACCUCCAGCAUGAAGCGAGCUGUCUUAGAGGUGAUUGUGAGUGGAGUGGCCAAAACUCCACAAGAGGUGGAGAAGUACUGCAGCUGCACCCUCUUGGCUGCCUCACUGAGAGCUGGUCAGCUGGAGGAAAAGCAGGGCAAUGAUCUCUCACAUACACAGAGUUCACUUAAGUCAUGUAUUGAUUUUCUCCUUGAAAAUGAAUUCAUCAGACUGCAAGGAGAAGAGGAAGAGGAAGGAAGUGUCCAACAUGUCGGGACUCAGCUGGGUCUGGCUGUAUUGGCUUCAGGUCUUUCACCAGAUGAAGGUCUGCAUGUCUUUUCUGAAUUACAUCGUGCCAGGAAGUGCUUUGUUCUAGAGAAUGAACUCCACAUAGUGUAUCAGGUGACACCAGUGUAUGUGAGUGCCGCAUGGCCUGACUUGGACUGGCUGUCAUUCCUGAGGGUGUGGGAGGCCCUGAGUGAAGACCAGAAGCGUGUAGCACAGCUGGUGGGGGUGGAGGAGAGCUUUAUUGUGCGAGCUUUGAAAGGCGUCAUCAACAAAAGGGUACGCAGGCAGGCGCAGCAGUUGGCAGUUCAUCAGAGGUUCUAUGCCUCCUUAGCCUUGCAGGACUUGGUGCAGGAGGUCCCACUUGAUGAGGUGGCCCACAAAUUUGGUGCAUCUCGUGGGGUGCUGCAGGCACUCCAGCAGUCAGCUUCAACCUUCGCUGGUAUGGUGACUGUAUUCUGCAAUCGAUUGGGGUGGCACAAUCUGGAACUGCUCGUAGCACAAUUCCGUGACCGGCUACAGUUUGGUAUCCAGCGUGACCUGUGUGAUUUGAUGCAGCUGUCUCCCCUCCUCAAUGCUCAGCGUGCCCGCCAUGUGCAUUCUGCCGGGCUAGAGACUGUGGCUAUGGUAGCCAAUGCCACACCUACCCAAGUGGAACAGAUCCUGCAUGCUGCUACACCAUUUCACAGUACCAAGUUGAAUGAGAAAGCUACCCAAGGUACCAUCUGGCUGUCAUCUGACCAGUGUGUCACGGAAGCUGAGGCAGCAACUCUCAUUGUAGCUGAGGCUCGCAAGCUGGUGCAGAAAGAGCUGGGGAUUUCUUCCAUUGACUGGAACCAGAGGAUGCAGGAUCCUAUCAAACCAAUCAAAACUCACCACUCUCCUGGGACUCCACUGAUGAUCAGGAAGGAACUAGUCACUUUUCUGAUGACUUCAGAAACACCUCAUUCUGGUAAAGCUUUGCUGAAGCAGCAGGUGUUUUCCUCUAACACUGUUUCCACCCAUACUGAGAGGACAGCAUCCAAGUAUCCAAGGUUAAAGGGUGACUGGAAGGAACUCCUGAAAAAGUGUAAUGAAAAGAAAGAGAACUUCAACAAAGUGGUCAACAAAACAGUCGAGAAGAAUGUGUGCAAUCAUCAGAUCAGUAAUGAAGAUGAUUCAAGGUCAGCUGUUUCGCUGGAAGCUGCAUCUACAAUGAGUGUAGGGAGGAAAUUUGCAGAAGUGAAGGAAUUACAGUUGGUGGAUAAUCCUACAAUCAGUACAAAAGAUGAGAAUGCUAUGAAGAAAAAAAGUACAGAAAGUUCUGAAAAAUCUAUUAACAGGGAACCAGAGAGUGUUGUGAUUAGCAGGACUGAAAACAGAUUAUAUGAUAAUGCAUUAAUGAGUGACAAAAAGGUUAAUUCACAUUUGAAAUUGAAUGUCAUAGAUGUUGAAAAAUCAGAUAUUCCUGGAAAGUUAAUGGAUGCUGGAAACAAUCGUUCUGAUAGUAAGAUUGCACCUAAAAGAAAUAGCACAAGGAUUGCAACAAGGCCGACUUGUUUGUUGCUCUCUAAUAUCAGCACAAAAAAGAAAGUGAAGACAAAAAACAACAAAAAUAAGAGUAUCUUUACUCCUGAUUCACAAGAAGAUAAAUCAGAUAAUGUAUUUUCUCCUAAAAGCAGAAAAGCUAGAAGUAACACAUCACAUAUUCCCAAAGCCAAAGGAGAAAAAGUAACCAGCUGGUCUGCCUUACCUAUUGGUGAUAUAAACACCAGCUCCACAAUCAAUAAAAAUAAUUGCAAAACUCAAGAAGUUCCUCGCAUGCUGAACUUCAUGAUGAAAGAAGGUGGUAAAGAAAAUCCACCUGACCAAAAUCUAGGUUCUGGUACUGAUAUAGCCAGUGUAGGCAGAAUUAUUGGUGUUGGUAGUGGUGAGGACAGUAACACAACUCUUCCACACACACCUGUCAUGAGUGGGAGGAUUAGAAUGAUUGCUUCUUCUACACCCAUUAUGGUGUCUGAAUCCCAAACCAAUAAGCCUCUACCUUGCCUCCUAACUCCAGGGCCAGCACCUGCAUCCUCCUCUGUCUUAAACUUCAUGGUUAAUACUGACCUCAAUAACAGCAGUGAUCUGUUCAGUGAGAGCAAUUCUGAAUUUCAUCUUGCAAAUAAGACUCAAGAUGCCUCUAGCAACAUUGAGGAAUUACAAGAAAAGAAUUAUGAGACAGACUCUUGUGAAGUUGGCAUUUUGGAUCAUAAGAAAGAACAAUAUAGAAAAGAAAAAGAGGAUAUUCCAAACCUCAUAAAAUUAGAGAGCACAAAAGAUAACUCUGAGUGUAAAGAUAAAAUUUCAAAGGACUUAAUGUGCUUGAAGCUGAACAAUGUAAAUACUAAAAGACCUUGUAUCGUAGAGGACAAAAUGUGCUUUUCUGACCAUCAGAGGCCAAGCGGUGUAAAUGGUACAGUAAGGGAAAGUAGCUCCGAUAUUAAGGAUAAUGGUACCCGGAAGUUUACUGAAAGUUCUCAUGAAUAUUUAGAAGACUAUGUUCUCACAGACUCUCAGAAGAAUGGUUUGUUGAUGACAAUGAGUUCUCAGAAGCCAGAUGACCCUGCAGUUUCACCAAUGUGUCACACAAAGCUUGAUAAUGUAGGGAAUAUGAAAAAUUAUGAAGUAAAUUGCUGUAAAAGUUCAUUAGACAGUCACAAAGAGCUUGGUAAUGGAAAGAUUGGAAAGUUUGAUGUCCCCAUAGAUUCUGGAGUAAAUAGAAUGUCUGUGAAUGAAUUACCAGAACAGUGCGACAGCAUCAGAUAUUUUGGGAAAGGAGAGAAGAGGAAGUUAGUACAGGGUGCAGAGCCAGGUGUCCUAACUAAAAGAUUGUGUGUUAGUCCUCAGAAAAGCAAAACAGAAAAUGUGAAAGAUUCAGUCAGUCAUGCUACUUUAAAAGCAGAUUGGUUAAGUAAUCCCACUGAAAUACCAGGGAAGACUGAAGAUGAUUUUGGAAGUUUGUCUUUUUUUGAAAAAUCUACAUCAAUUGAUCUCUAUAUUAAUGAGGAUCAAUUAAAUGUAGAGAAUAAAAAUGAGAAUAAUAUACUUAUAGAUACCUCCAACCAAGAAGACUUUUUUAAUCAAGCUCUUCUGAACCUGAGUGAAAUAAGCAAUAAUAGUAACAACUCUUCUCUGACAUUAGAAAAGUUUUCUGACAGGAAGAACAUUUUGCAACCUGUGAAGGAAAUAAUCUCUGUGCCUAAAGACUUGGGUUCUGUUGCAUACAAGGAUUAUGUAUCAGACUCAUUCCAGGAAGAAGCUUAUGAAAAUUAUCUUCAGUCACAGAAUAAUGAUAAUGAUACAGAAAUGAACUCUUCCAAACAGUUGCCUCAGGAUGAUAUGGAACUCCAUCAUAGCCUGGUGAAACCUUUGAGUCAAGACUUUCAGCUUUCUAUGUGGGAUGAUUCUUUGGCACAAUCCAACUCAAAUAUUACUAAGCAUCAGAAUGACAGCAGUAAGCAAAAAGUUAAUGAAAUGAGGAUACCAGACAUUGAAAAUACCAGGAAUCUGCUUCAUUGUACUGCUAAACCAAACAUUCUGCACAACAGGGAAGAAACGGCUGGAGAAUCUCAAAAGAACUUGGCUCUCCACUCAGAUAAAAGUCAGCAAGAUGUUACCUUCAGUCAGUUGCAGAUAACACCAAGGACUGAAGCUCUGCUGGAAGGAAAAUCUUUCAGGGACAAUAAUAGAGGAGGAGAAAUAUCUACUAACUUUCUUCUCUCCCCUCUCCAAGAAACACAAAGACAAUUUAAUGAGGUAGUUGAGGACAAGAGGACUGGCAAACCAGAACAAUGUCAAGAAACUACUAACGGAGUAGAAGAGGUCAAUGGACUUAACAUUCAUCAGAGCAGUCAACUGAAGACAGAGAUUGGAAGUAGACUUUCCUCAAGUACCACUGACUCAUUAACAUGUAGUACUUCCUCAUUCUGCAUAGUGGACGUGGUGAAUAACAGACGUGUGUUUGAAAGUUUUGUGGAAGAACUACAACAACAGUCAGUAGUGUCGCUGGCUCUGGCUUGUGAACGUGCUCCAUCCAAUAAGCAGCAGCAGGAACAGUGUAUAGGUUGGAGAAUCACUGGACGCAACCGCACUCCAAGGCAAAGAGUACAGCGCAUGACUGAGCAGCAGGUGGCAGGCGUGCUGGUGGAGAAUUCUGACCUGAUGUUGGUGGGGUUGGCAGUUUGUUGGGGAGAGCAAGACGCUUAUUAUCUCAAUUUCCGCACUUCACAGGAUGAACCCACAAGUUGCAGCCUUCCCACUCCUGAUCUUGCUGAUGCUGUCCCUGUAGAGGAAAGAGUGGCCACUGUGAAGAGCUUUUUAUCUAGAAAAAGACAGUGUGUGGUGCGAGUGUGGGAUGCCAAGAGCAGCAUACGGUUAAUGGUGGGAGCUGGCCUGGGGUGUUUGACUGGCCGUGUGGAGGACCCCAGAGUGGCUGCCUGGAUGCUAGACCCAGGAGCAAAGGAACCCAAUCUGUGCAACUUGGUCAUGAACCAUCACCUUGGUAGCCUUCCGUUGCUGGAGGGCAUGAGUGGCUGCCGGGGCCUGGGUGGGCUGGGCACCACCAUAUCAAACCCUGGUUCAUGCAGAGUGAGGGCAGCCGUAGAAAGUGUAAUUGUGUUCCACCUAAUGCCAUCACUCACUUCCACACUUGAGAAACUGGAAAUGCUGUCGUCUUUUGUAGAAGUGGAGAUGAGGAGCGUGGUGGAGCUGGCAUACAUGGAGCUAAGCGGACUUGGCUUUAGCAACAAAGAGUGUGAAACCCAAAAGUGCAUCAUGCAGGCAAAACUGUCUUCCCUUGAAAAUGAGGCAUACAGUCUGGUUGGUCAUUCCUUCAGUCUCACUUCCCCAGUUGAGAUUAGCAAAGUUUUGUACAGUGAACUCCAUCUUCCUCAGCCUUCAUCUCGAGGCUCCAGCAUUGCCUCCAACACAAGGAGGCGUGGAAGGGGAAGGGGUGGAGGUCCUACCAAUAAAGAGUCCCUGGAGAAGCUAAGACUGUACCACCCAUUGCCUGACGUCAUCCUGCAGUGGCGCAAAAUAUACUCGUCUCUCACCAAGGUGGUACUGCCACUGCAGCAGAUGAAGUUACGCUGUUCCCAGCUAGCAAUGGACCGCAUCCACCCAGUGAGUCACACCUUCACCUCCACGGGCCGCAUCACCAUGCAUGAGCCCAGCCUGCAGACCAUUCCCAGGGACUUUGACAUACAGGUCACAGUAGAAGAGACCAAUGGGAAUAGUAAGAAGAAGAGUCUGCCACAAAAUCAGCUCAAUGCAGCUACCAUGAGUCAUUUGGCUCCUUUCUUGGUUCAAGAAUCUAAAAUGGAGAAACAGCAGCAACAUACGGUUAGUCUCAGACAUGCUUUUGUUGCCCGACCUGGCCACGUGCUUCUAGCAGCUGACUACUCUCAGUUGGAACUGAGACUCUUUGCUCACCUAGCAGAUGAUCAACCUUUGUUGCAACUACUCAACAGUGGAGGGGAUGUGUUCACUCUUCUGGCCACACAUCUCGCCUCCCAGCCCUCUGAGGUGACCCCAGAACAACGGCAGCAGGCCAAACAGGUGUGCUAUGGCAUGAUCUAUGGAAUGGGAGCACGAGCUUUAGGAGAACAACUUGGGAUUGAGGAGGAAGAGGCAUAUAUUCUCAUGGAACAGUUUAAGAGCAGCUUUCCAGGCCUGCAGAGAUUUGCUAAGACUACAGUAGAGACUGCUCGCUGCAACGGUUAUGUCACCACUCUGCUUGGCCGCCGCCGCUAUUUGCCGGCCAUCACCAGUACAUGUCACCAGUCCCGUGCACAAAGUGAACGUCAGGCAGUUAACACUGCCAUCCAGGGUUCUGCCGCAGAUUUAGUCAAGAAAGCAAUGGUGGAGAUACAAAUGGUCCUCAGAGAAACCUUCCCCACAGCACCAACUUGCCUUAAUGCAUCUGUGCUCUGCACCUGCCAAGAGAUGUCCAGAGGAGCUCACCUUGUUCUUAAUCUUCAUGAUGAGUUGAUGUAUGAGGUUAUGAGUGAAGAUGUGAUUCAGGUGGCACAGCUCGUCCAGAAACACAUGGAAGGAGCAAUACAGCUGUCUGUUGCCCUGCCUGUGAAACUCAAGGUUGGUCCUUCUUGGGGUUCUAUGCAGACUCUGAACCUGUAAAAGUAUUCAUGAGAAGAGGUUAGGUGUGGACGUAACUCAAGAAAUUGUGGUCUGACAGUAGAAAUCCUGGUGGUCUGUGUUUGGUGUUAUUAAAAGGUGAGUUGAUGUGUGGCACUUCUUUGUUGGAGAUCAGAAAUAUGGUCUGUGCCACUCCAUAUGUAAAUUUACUUAGUUAUGCUCAGCUAUUUAGAGAAUACAGGACCUGAAUUACCCUGAAGUGAUCCUGCCUUCAUAGUAUCUAUGUGUAUUGUCUUUCUGUAUUCUAGUCUAUUCCAGAUAUUAUUAUUUGUGUGUGUGAAUGUUUGUACUAGCUUGUGGUAUUGCUAUGUUAUAUUAUAGCAUUGUUAUUAGCACUGAAAUACUAAACCAUUAUGUGACUGUUAUAAGUGAUGAUGGAAGCUGUGAUGGAAUACUAAUAGUGAUCAGCAGGUUGAUUUUGUAUCUUGAAUUUUUUUAUACAUUAUUGUACAGAUAGAUAUUUUAAGAUAUUUUGACGUAUUUUAAGUUUUAGGUGAAGUAACACCAAUAUGGCAUUGUUUAAGGUAAUUUAAAGAACUCAAACCCUCUACCCUUUUAUAUUAAUGUAAAUCUUUUAUAUUUAUUAUAUACUAAUGGAUUACUUUUUAAUACUAAUUGUUGAUGUAAUGUUAGUAUUGAAAGCUGACUUUUGAGAUUUAUAAUAAAAAUGUUUACCUUUCAUACAUUGAAUUUUGAAUAUAUUCUUAAGGCCAUUUAUAACAGUUAGUAAGCACAGUUGUAUGAUAACAAUCAUAACUGUGAAACUAGAAUUGGUAUGAUGAAAGAGCAGACUUUGGUCUUCAAUAGAUCAUGCAGUAGGAUCUCAGUACUGAGAGACUUACAUAUAUGAAGACUGUGGCUGGUGCACACAAUAUUGUAUGUGAUUAACUGGUGAAAGAAAAAAAAAAAAAAAAAAAAAUUUGAAAAAAAAUAUUUGAUAGAGUAUAUUGAAAAAAAUGGACGAUCUGAAAUGAUAUUGUUAGAUAUAGUUUUGUGAUACUCAAAAGCAGGAAAGUAGGACAAAGUAAGGUUUUUUCCUGGCUUGCUAGAAUGAAGAAAAUGCAAAGUGGACAUCUCAGACUGCUCAGGGGAGACACUCUUGAUUUACUGAUAGUGCUAUUGACACUCUCUCUCUCUCUCUCUCUCUCUCUCUCUCAAGAAAUAAAUAACUCAAUUAUGCAAUUAUUUUUAUUGAAGUUUAGUACAUUUUUAUGAUUUAUUUUGAUGUGGUGUUUCAUCUUGUUGAUUAGGUUUUCUGUACUGUCAUGACUUUUUCUUCCAGCUCUACCUUGUCCUCCUCUUUAAUUUAUUUCAUUCUUAUUUUUUUCCUUGAACAGCUCUCUCUCUCUCUCUCUCUCUCUCUCUCUCUCUCUCUCUCUCUCUC